AUGCGGGCGCUGCGAGCGCUGCCCGUGCUCCUGACGUGCAGUCGCAACACUGCUCGGGUCGAAGCUCACAAGGAUGUCCGGCUUACUGCACGCCUCGACCAGGGCCUUCCGCGCCCAGCUCCUGUGUUGAUACCAGCCCAGGAGAACCAGGCUGCCGUUGAAUGGGAACACCAACCCUCAGCAGCAGAACAUCUGCUUGCAUCAAUGCCGAAAGCUGGUGGUGCAAAGGCCAAGGGACUGCUCCAGGACACGAAGAACACGCGGAUCAGAUUGCCGCCGCCGCUUGACCAGUUCAACGCUGCGGAGAGAGCUAUUGCAGUAAACGCGGUGUCUUGGUUAGCAGUCGUCGGUGGGACGGCGCUGUGGAAUAGGGGCAAGAUGAGCGCCACAGAAGGCAUUGUCCGGAAAGCGCUCAUGUGGUCCACCGUAUCGGCCACCGGCGUACAGGUUGCAUCCAACGUAAUCUGGGCAGUGUCGGGAAACCUUGAUGGCGCAAGUGCCCAGGGGCGAGGCGCGAGCGUUUGGGCGGGUCUGGGGAGCUUCCGGUGGUCAUACCUGGGUGUGCUCGCUGUGUGCAACCUCGGAGAGCUUAUUCAGGGGGCAUACUUGUUCCGGCUCUAUUCCCAGAGCAGCGCGUUCGGCAUGGAGCAGAUCAGUCGAUUGUUUCUGGCAGGUACAUUGUCAAGCAUGGUGACUGGGCUUUUCGCUGGAUCGUUGCUGGACAGGUACGGGCGACGGAGUGGCUGCAUGCUGUGGGCUAUUCUCAAUAUCGCGCAGUGCUUCCUGAUCCGGUCGAAGGCUUUUGGAGCUCUUGUGCUGGGUCGAGUGAUUGCAGGCGCCGGUGCCAUGUUCCUGGCGACUGCUUUCGAGUCUUGGAUGAUCACGGAACACCGUAGCAGAGGAUACCCGUCGUACCUGCUGGCAGACACAUUCCGCAUGGCAACGUGGGGAAUCGGGUUAGCGACGAUCGCGUCAGGCUUCUUGGCAGAUGCUUCCCUGCAAUGGAUGGGGAUGGGCCUCCUGGGGCCUUUCAAUGUCGCCAUUGGAGUGUCGCUAAUCUCGCUCGUGCUCAUCGCCAGUUUGUGGAAUGAGAACUACGGGGACCGAUCCUCCUCUACCUUCCGUCACAUGAAAGAGGCAAGUCGGGCGUUUGGAAGCAUCGUGUCCGAUGGUCGCCUGGUAAUGAUGUCAGCGGUGCAAGCGCUGUUCGAGGGGGUCAUGCUCGCCUACAUCGUCCUCUGGGUGCCUGCCAUCGAAGCCGCUGCGUUGCCCGACGAGGUUGCCCUGGGCAUGGUGUUCUCGACGAUGAUGGUCAGCAUAUGCGGGGGGAGUUCGCUGUUCAAGCUGAUGACCGAGGGACUUCCCGUGCGAUUGGCGGUCUCUCCAGAAGCUUGCCUCGUAUUGGCAACAGGGCUGAGCACAGUGGCACUGGUGGCGUCGUGGAGGAAGCUGUCGCCCGGAAAGCUGCUGGCGAUGUUCUUGGUGUACGAGGCGUGCAUUGGACUGUAUCUCCCUGCCAUUGCAACGUGUCGAUCCAAGUACAUUGACGACCGGAUUCGUGGCACCGUCAUGAAUUUGACCAGGGUACCAGUGUAUGUUGUGGCAGCUUUCCUGAUGCACGGACCGGUGGCAAGUACCUCGGUGUCUGAGGAUGACCAGGGCGUUUCAGCAUUCGGGAUCUUGGCCGGCCUCAUGGGAGUGGCGACGCUCAUACAGGUGCUCCUCUGGCAGCGGGAGAGGGAAAUGGGCAUCGCUUACGGUGGAUCUGGAGCCAUGGCAUCGCUUCCGAAGGAGAGGAGAGGAAGAGAAGGCACGGGCUCAUCGGAUUGACUCCAUUUUGUUCUUGUCUGGCCCCUUUUUCUUGCUCGAGUCGUCUCCGCCAGAAGAACGUUGCACAAGUUUAAUUUGUCCCCCUGUAUCUCUCUAUCGUUUUGGCCGCAUAAAAUGCCUCUUUCAUUGUUGACUUUUGGUGUUGAGGUUUUGUCGGUCUUGUGCAUAUCGUUGGUGGUGUGUUACGGUUAGAGUGGCAGUGAGGAAGGGAUCAGCUCUUCAUUUUAUGAUACAGCUGUUCCUUCGUUUUUCCAUCGCCUUGAUUUGCUUUUAGCGUGUUUUGUGUUCGUCAAAGGGCAUCCUGAGCUGUAUGACUGACACCGCCUGUGGCAAAUUAAUGCAGUACAUGAAUGUUCAAGUGUUUAGUAGAUAAGGGUGAUAUCGCCGGUGGGGGAAAAUCGAAAGCGUUGUUUUACAAACACGUGCCCUCCACCUGGAGACAAGCGAAUAGAGCGUGUUGGUUUAAUAUUUCGUCGAUGUCCAUCUUUCACAACCUUGGUCAAAGACCAGUUCCACGGGUGUUGCAAUCAAUCAUUGCACUUUCCAGUUCUCUUGUCUGUGCUUGGAGUUCAGAAACACACAUCUUGUUAGUUUUUUCUUGCAUGCCGCACAAGAAGGCCUCUGCUUCGAAGAGAUGGGUUGGUAUGGGGUGAUGGUGAAGUUGAAUAUAGUGCCGCGCGUAGAGAAGCGGGUGUUACCGUCGCCGUCGCAGCUGGAGCUUGCUUCGCUGCUAUAUACUGCACUGGCAUUGGCUUCUUCUUGUGAAGAGCCCUUUGAGGUACAAAGCAGCGCCGUGUAAUGUCAGACGUGCGUCGUGUAGGCUGUAGGCUAUGCUUGCGCGGUGUCUAUCGCUAGAGCGGUGUCUUCUGAUCCUGAAAUAGUGCAAUCGUGGCGCGUUGAGCAUUCAACGAAUUGGUCAAGUGUUGGAACGGCGGGUUGCAUAUUCUAAUAGCCGUUGUUUUUGUUCACGUUCUCGUCUUUCGCGGGUGAGUCACUGGAUGCAGACUGAGGAUAAUUUCCAUGCUUGCGGUGAGACGGCGCGCCGUCCUUCAGCACGGUGUGCUUCAGUAGGAACGCGUCAUCUUUUUCGGCUAUAAGUGAGUGAAACAUUUCCGUGCGAGUGGGCAGGGAACCCAAGGUCCUUCUUUACGCUGCCGUGGGGUCCGUUUUCCCUUGUUGCUCAGACCGUGUCUAGACCGUGUCGGGACACGCCACGCCACGGGAUCGGGGUUUCGAGCCCCAGAUGCGCAAGAAGAGCAUAUGUAACGAUGUUUUUUUUUUCCUUCUCGCGGUCACGUUGUCGGUACAAGUAUGAGGGCGCGAUUUUCUGUUUCGUGUUGUGUCGUGCUGUAUGCAUACAAUGUUGUGUUUCAUGACCGGGGACGCGCGACUAAGGGAAAGCAUUGUCGACGAGAAAACAAGAAACGGAGACCAUCUCUUUCAUCGUCUUGUUGGGUUGGUGCGUUGACGUAAUCGUGCCUUGUUGUGUGUUUUUUCACGCUCUUGUCGACCGGGGGAAAGGGUCGAAAGCUUAACCUUGACCGAGCAAUGGGGGUCUCGAGAGCAUUGCAAGUCAGAUCGCACAUCAUCGCCGAUAUUAGCUUUUGCGAAGCGGUAUACUGCUGUUUUAGUUUCUUUAGAUGUAGAUGGCCCCCGUUGUCAUACAAAGAAACCUCUCGUUUCCAUCAAAAGGCUGUCUCUUGAUAUUGCCGUCAUCAUCAUCGUAUACGACGACACUUUCGAGUAUUUCA